AUGAAGGGUUACUUACGGCACACCCUGUUGGGACUAGGGUUAACUGGACUAAGCCUCGCUGGUGUUGUACAAAGAGACAUUGAGGCAAUACGGUUUCAUAGCCUGGGGGGUGUAACUGCCGACUCGUUGCACAAUAUCCACGUCGAGUUCUUAGAUACCCAAUUUGAGGGUCAUCUGCAACUCGUCUACGGAGAAUGCGGAAUUGAACACCCGCUACAGGGUCACCAUGAGAUCGGAAGUACAUUCGUGAAACGUGAAGCACACCCGGAGCGUUUUGUUUGGGCCACACCAUCUGACGCACCCCAUUCACACUGUUUACAUGCUUUCUCCGGAUCCACGCUCAUGGGUCGUUCGUCACCCAUCAUGGUGUCAUCGCCAAUGAAGAAGCGAGAGAGUAUCGCCGACGUGGCAGAUGCCAUGGGCCCUUGGUUCGAUGGCGUUGCAUACAUGAAGUCAAAGAAGCACAACAAGGCAUUCGUCGCCAAGGCAAAGAGUCACUCUGUUGCUAUUCUUGGCGGUGGAAUGUCUGGUCUGAUGACGAGUCUGCUGCUCGAGUCUGUUGGUAUUCACAACUGGCAUAUCUACGAAUCAUCUCACCGUGUUGGCGGCCGCAUCCGCACGAAGUACCUGAACAACACCACUCCCGACCAGUACCAGUACCAGGAAAUGGGUCCUAUGCGUUUCCCUGUCAGUAUCACAUAUGCCGACACUAAUGAGACUCUCGAAAUCAUGGACCACCGGAUGGUCUUCCAAUUGGCUGGUGUUCUCAACGAGAUGAACAAGCACAAGCCAGAACUUCAAGUCAAUUUCAUUCCCUGGAUUCAGAAGAGUCCUAAUGUCCCUGCUGCCUCUGGUGGCAACCGUCUACCUAACGGACAAAUCCCCAGUGCUGCUCAGGUAGCCGCAAACUCAUCUCUCGUUUACACCGCUGCAUCGGAAAAUGCCACAGCUGCCGCACAGGCAGCAUCUGAUUUUGAGGAUUAUACCAAGCUUGAUGACAGAGAGACCAUUCGCAAGAUUGCAACAAACAUGUACCAAGCACACAAGCAGGCUGUUGAAGAUGGCAUGUUCCACUGGUCCGAGGCCGGAUACCUCCGAUACGCAAUGGGCUACGAUGCCAAUCUCACGGACUAUGUCGCUGGUACCACCGACUCUCCAAUCUGGGGUGACUUCUAUGACGACGUAUACUUCGCUGCCACCAAGUGGCGCACCAUCGACAAGGGCUUGGAGUCUUUGCCCCGUGCCUUUUACCCUCACGUCAAGGACAAGCUGACUCUGAACCGUACUGUUCAAGGCCUGGUCCACGAUGAAACCUCUGGAAAAAUUGCCGUGACCUGGCGCGAUGAUCCCCUCCAGAUGGUCCCAGAAAGCCAAGAAUACGAUUACGCUGUUGUGGCUGCGCCUUUCAGCAAGGUCAGACUCUGGGAUCUCCCUCGCUACUCCUCCCUCCUCAGCCGGGCUAUCUCAUCCCUGAACUAUGACCCAGCCUGCAAGAUGGCUCUUCUUUACAAGACCCGUUUCUGGGAACACCUGGAAGAGCCCAUCUUCGGUGGCUGCGGUUCAGUCGACGUGUCCGGCGUUGGCAGCGUUUGCUACCCAUCCUAUAACAUGAACGGCACCGGACCAGGAGUUAUCCUGGCCUCAUAUAUUUCUGGCACACCAGCACGAUCCACUGCCGCGCUCAGUCCCGAGGAGCACGUUGCGCUUAUCCAGCGCACAAUGGUCGAAGUCCAUGGUGAGGUUGCCGCAGAGCAGUUCACCGGAAUCUACGAUCGCCAGUGCUGGGAGUUCGAUCAGCACCAGGCUGGUGCUUGGGCCGAUCCCCUUGUGGGUCAACAGGAGCUGUAUUUGCCUGCUUACUAUCAGACUGAGUUGAACACUAUCUUCAUUGGUGAGCAUACUAGUUAUACCCAUGCUUGGAUUUUCUCGGCUUUGGACUCUGCUGUUCGGGGUACUACUCAGCUUUUGCUUGAUCUUGGCUUGGUUGAUGAGGCGAAGUCUGUUGUUGAGACUUGGAUGGGUCGCUGGAUCAAGCUUUGA